AUGCCUCGAUCAGUAAUUCUCAAUACUUCAAUGGGAAGAAUUACAAUAGAAUUGUAUGAUGAUCACGCAAAGAAAACCUGUGAUAAUUUUUUUGAACUAGAUUUCAUGAUACAAGGAGGAGAUCCAACUGGAACUGGACGAGGAGGAAGUUCAAUUUACGGUCGCACAUUUGAAGAUGAAAUACAUCCAGAUUUAAAACAUACGGGAGCUGGAAUCAUUAGCAUGGCUAAUGCUGGACCAGAUUCAAAUGGAAGUCAAUUUUUCAUAACGUUAGCACCUACUCCUCAUUUAGAUGGUAGGGUAAGUGAUGGUAUCGAGAUAGUCAAACGUAUAGGUAAAGUUACCGUUGAUCGAGACGAUAGACCAAAAGAAGAUGUGAAAAUUAUAUCUACCCAAGUUAAUGAUGAUUAA